GGUUGUUUUUUACAUAACAGGUAGUUUAAACAUGGUGCAAAAAGCUAAUCUUCCGUGGGUUGAAAAAUAUCGUCCCAGUACUUUAGACGAUUUAGUGUCUCAUGAGGAUAUUAUAAAAACGGUUGGUAAAUUUAUUAAAGAAGAUCAAGUGCCACACUUGUUAUUUUAUGGACCACCAGGAACAGGAAAAACAAGCACAAUUUUAGCUUGUGCGCGACAACUUUAUACCCCAUCUCAGUUUUCGUCCAUGGUACUGGAACUAAAUGCAUCGGAUGAUAGAGGUAUUGGUAUUGUCAGGGGACAAAUUUUGACUUUUGCUAGUACGAGAACCAUUUUCAAAAAAGGUUUUAAAGUAAUCAUUCUUGAUGAAGCUGAUGCCAUGACUAUGGAUGCUCAAAACGCUUUAAGGAGAAUUAUCGAAAAAUACACAGAAAAUAUCAGGUUUUGCAUUAUUUGCAACUAUCUAAGCAAAAUAAUACCUGCCCUUCAGUCAAGGUGUACCAGAUUUCGCUUUGGGCCAUUGUCACCGGACCAGAUCAUGCCAAGGCUGAAUUAUGUUGUUGAUGAGGAAAAGGUGCAAAUAACUGAAGACGGCAAGAAUGCUUUGUUAACGUUAGCUAAUGGCGAUAUGAGAAAAGUACUGAAUGUUUUACAAAGCACAUGGUUGGCACACAAAAAUGUGAAUGAAGACACAGUCUACACUUGUGUAGGACAUCCACUUAGAAAAGACAUUGAAAAUAUGGUUAAUUGGCUUUUAAAUGAAGACUUUAAGAAGGCGUAUCACAAUAUUCAAGAAUUAAAAACAUUGAAAGGGCUAGCGCUCAAUGAUAUUAUCACGGAACUGCACAAGUUUAUUCACAGAAUCGAAUUUCCAUUUCAAACGUCUAUCAGAAUCUUGGAUAAACUGGCAGAAAUUGAAUACCGGUUAGCACAAGGAGCUAAUGAAAACAUCCAGUUAACCGGACUGAUUUCAUCCUUCCAAUUCAUUAAGCAAAUACAGCCACCAGAAUAAGAAAAUACAAUUUGAAACUUAUAAAUAAAAAGGAAAAAUAUAGUGAAAGUAUAUUUUUCCAUGAUUUUUACAUAUUUGGCCUGCUGGCAGUCUAAGCCCGUAUCUAAGCAUAUGAUUUGAAAGUGAAAUUUUGUGAUUUAUUCAUAUAUGAUGUAUUUUACGUACCCUGCCAACCAACUAUUAAACAAUAAAUUAAGUGUUAUUUGUCAUACUA